AUGCGGAGUCGACUGCGAGCUCCUGGCGGUGCAUCUACAGUCACUUUACCAGAUGAUGCAACAGUUGGCGACCUAAUUGCUCAGAUAAUGGAGAAGACGUCCCUCUCAAGCUUCGAUAUCAAAUAUGGCUACCCACCCAAACCUCUCCUUCUGGAGGAACAUGAGAACUCAUUACCGUUAAGCAAGCUUGAGGUCAGCUUAAACGGCGAGCAACUUACAAUCAGCGCAAAAGUCGACGACACACCUCCCACACUAGAACCUACGAAGCAAUCACCGAAGGAAACGCCACGAAACGAGACACCUACACCAGACUCAUUUUCCUUUACAGACUUACCCGGCGCAUCUCCGAAAAAGCCUCCAACCGGACCUGUAUCUUUGCAGAGGAAAACUAUGGAAGGAGAUGUCCCCACGGUACCCUUCGCAGAACGAAAUGCCACAGUUGUCCUACGAGUAAUGCCCGACGACAACUCCUGCCUUUUCCGCGCCCUUUCCUACGCCGUCCUUCCUACAGACGACAAAGUAGUAGUAGAACUCCGCUCUAUAAUUGCCCAAGCCAUCCGUUCGAACCCGGAAGUCUACAGCAAAGUUGUGCUGGAACAAGAACCAGAGAACUACUGCCAAUGGAUACAAACGCCUGACGCAUGGGGAGGAGCUAUCGAACUGGGGAUACUAGCUCAGCAUUUCGAAGUAGAGAUUUGCUCAAUCGAUGUCCAAUCCGGCAGAGUAGACAAAUACAACGAAGGCGCCCUAACACGCUGCAUCCUCGUCUACUCCGGCAUCCACUACGAUACCAUCGCCAGCGCUCCCUCCGACUACCCCCAUUUCAUCGCCUCUAACCCACCCGAAUUCGACACCCGGAUUUGGGACUCGGACGACGCUGAGAUCCUCGAGAAAGCCAAAGCGUUAUGCAGGAAACUCAACGCUAAGCAUUACUAUACCGACACGGGGGGCAUGGCUAUCAAGUGUAAGAUUUGUGGGAUUGUGGUCUAUGGGGAGGCCCAGGCUGGCACCCAUGCCCAGCAGACGGGCCAUUAUGAUAUGGCGGAGGUUACGACAUAA